CUCCUCCUCCUCCUCCUCCUCCUCCUCCUCCUCCUCGCCGCUCCGGCCGCUGAUUCCCGCUCCGAGCCGAGCCGGCCGAGCCAAUUCCCGGGAAAACAACCCCAAAGCCGGCGGGGAUGGAGCGGGGAGCGCCGCGGGGGUCGCGCCUGCCCUCGCUGCUCCUGGCGCUGCUGGGGCUCGGCCCAGAGCUGCUGUUCGGGCAGAGCCGCGCCCCGCCCCGGCAGGUUCACGGCGUGCUCGGCGGCUCCGUGCUGCUGUCGCCGGCGCUGCUGCCCAACAGACUGAAGGAGAUCGAGUGGAGCUUCUCGGGCGGCGGCGGUGCCACCAUCCAGGUGGCCGAGGUGGGCGCGGGGGGCUUCGAGCGGCCGGACCCGCGCGACCGCUUCGGGCGGCGCCUGGAGCCCGCGGGGGCCACGGCGCUGCGGCUGCGGCUGCUGCAGCGCGGCGACAGCGGCGUCUUCGCCGCCAGGAUCAAGCUGCAGCCCGCCCUGGUGGAGGACCAGGCCUUCAACCUCACCGUCUACGACGCCGUGCCCGCGCCCCGCACCCGCAGCCAGCUCCUGGCCAGCACGCUCGAGUGGUGCAACCUGACCCUGCAGUGCCAGGGCAGCGGCCGCGGCGCCGUCAAUGUCACCUGGCGGCGCGACAGCCUGGCCUGGGGCCAGCUGGGCCCCGGGCGCCACCAGCUGUCCCCCGACGGCACCACCCUGCGCGUGGCACUGCCACCCGCCGCCACCAACGCCACCUACGCCUGCACCGUCAGCAACCCCGCCGACCACAAGGUCGCCCUGUUCGACCUGCAGAGCCUGUGCCAGGGCGGAGGGGGUCCCUCGGCCUUCUCCACCUCGGGCUACGUGGUGCUGGCGCUGGUCCUGCUGGCCGUGGGCCUGGGCGGCGCCUUCUGGUGCUGGAGGGUCAACAGCGAGAAGGCGGCCGAGGCAGCCGCCACGCCCACGGCGCCGCCCGAGGAGAGCCCCGGGGAGCCCCAGUACAGCGACAUCGUCUGCAGGAGCCCCCCCGAGGGCAACGACCAGGGCCCCAGCCCCCCCGAGGCCCCGCAGGAGGGCGGCGAACCCCAAAAAGCCGAGCCCGCGGCCCCCAAAAGCGGCGCCGGGGGGCGGCGAGCAGAACGGCCCCGAGGACACGGCCGAGGAGGUGACAUAGGGCCGCAGGGCCCCGGGACCCCGAAGGGCUGCGUCGCGUGCCAAACCCCGACCCCACAGCCAGCGCGGGAGCCCCGACCCCACAGCCCCACGGAUUCCCCCUUUUCUGCCCCAAAACCUCGGCCCCGCCCCCGAACCCCGCCCGGGACCGGGCCGGGGAGGGGGGGCCCGGCAGAGGGGGGGGUUUGGGGGUCCCGGGGGGGUUUGGGGGUCCCGGGGGGGUUUUGGGGUCCCUGGGUGCUCCCCGCAUGUUUUGGGGUGGGAUGAUCCCCUCGGCCCCACAACCGGACGGGUUUCCCCUUUCCUGACCCCAAAACCCUCGGGUCUGUCCCCAGUUCCCCGCCUGGGUCUGUUUUGGGGAGGGGGAUCCCCAUCAGGGGUGGCGGAGCCAGAAUUUGGGGGUCCCGGGGUGCUCUCCAGGGGGUUUGGGGUGGGAAGAUCCCCCUGACCUUACAAAGGGACGGGUUUCCCCUUUUCUGACCCCAAACCCCUCGGGUCUGUCCCCAAUUCCCCACCUGGGACUGUGCUGGGGAGGGGUCCCCAAGGCGGAGGUUUUGGGGGGUCCCCGGGGGUUUUUUGGGGGUCCCCGGGGUGUUUUGGGGUGGGAAGAUCCCCCUAACCCCACAAAGGGACACAUUUCCCCUUUUCUGACCCCAAAACCCUCGGGUCUGUCCCCAAUUCCCCGCCUGGGACUGUGCUGGGGAGGGGUCCCCAAGGCGGAGGUUUUGGGGGGUCCCCGGGGUGUUUUGGGGUGGGAAGAUCCCCCUAACCCCACAAAGGGACACAUUUCCCCUUUUCUGACCCCAAAACCCUCGGGUUUGUCCCCAGUUCCCCGCCUGGGACUGUGCUGGGGAGGGGUCCCCAAGGGAGGGGUUUUUGGGGGGUCCCCCGGGGGUUUUUGGGGGGUCCCCGGGGGUUUUUUGGGGUCCCAGGGGGUCCCUGCCUGUUGUGGGAUCGGGGGAGAAUCGGGAAUUUCGCCCCCGCGCGCGGCUGUGACGUUGGGGACCCCAAGAGGGGAGGGGGGACACCGGGAGGGGACCCCAAAACCCCCGGGCGGGGACCCCAAAACCCCCGGGCG